AACUGAUAGCUGUGAUUUAAGAUUUAACACAUUUUCCUUGAUCCCUAGAUUCAAAAUUUUGAUUGAAGAGAAGUUGAUACUUGUGGAAAAUUGACAUGGGUUUUGGUCAUUCAAGAUCUGAAAGGUUUGAAGAUGAUCCUGAACAAGCAAAAGUUCCUUCAAACAAGGGUGACAAUGGGAUUAAGAUUAAAUACCACAUUGAUGGAACACAAAUACCCAAGUCUAGUUCCAAAAUGGCUCAAAAGAAGGUGACAAGGAAGAAGUUCUUGCAAGCUAGAGUGUUGUCAAGAGUAUUCUCAGAGGACUACGAACGAGUAAAGAGAAAAGUAUUGGAUCCUAGGGGACAAACCAUUCAGCGCUGGAACAAGAUUUUCUUGGUAGCAUGUAUAGUAUCUUUGUUUGUGGACCCUUUGUUCUUUUAUUUGCCAAUGGUUAGAGAUGAAGCAUGCAUUGAUGUUGAAAUAACUCAUGAAGUGAUCCUCACAUUGGUGAGAUCGGUGGGGGAUUGCUUUUACUUGAUUCAGAUUUUGAUGAAGUUUCGCACAGCUUAUGUUGCUCCUUCUUCCCGGGUUUUUGGUAGGGGUGAACUUGUUGUAGGCUAUUCUAAGAUUGCAUUUAGGUACCUCCGAAAGGGUUUUUGGUUAGAUUUUGUUGCUGCCUUGCCCCUUCCUCAGGUGUUAAUUUGGAUUGUUAUCCCAACUCUUAAGGGCUCAACCAUGGCAAACACAAAAAAUGUCCUUCGCUUUUUCAUCAUUUUCCAAUAUUUGCCGAGGCUAUUUCUGAUUUUUCCACUUUCAUCACAAAUUGUGAAAGCUACAGGGGUUGUGACACAAACAGCAUGGGCAGGGGCUGCUUACAACCUGAUGCUUUACAUGCUGGCAAGCCAUAAAAAGAUUUUAGGAGCUUGCUGGUACCUUCUAUCAAUUGAACGUCAAGAAGCAUGCUGGAGAAGUGUGUGCAAUCUAGAGAAGUCAUUUUGUGAAUAUGGAUUCUUUGACUGCCACAGGGUUAAAGAUGCCCUAAGGAUCUCUUGGUUUGUAGCAAGUAAUAUCUCGAAUUUAUGCUCACCAAAUGAUAACUUUUAUCAGUUUGGUAUAUACGCUGAUGCCGUGACUUCCCAAGUUACAUCCUCUGCAUUCUUUAAUAAAUACUUUUUCUGUCUGUGGUGGGGCCUAAGAAAUCUGAGCUCUUUGGGACAAGGCCUUCUUACUAGUACUUUUGUUGGAGAAAUCAUGGUGGCCAUUGUUGUUGCAACCCUUGGAUUAGUUCUUUUUGCGUUGCUAAUCGGUAAUAUGCAGACAUACCUGCAAUCAACUACUGUUCGCUUAGAAGAGUGGAGGGUGAAAAGAACUGAUACAGAACAAUGGAUGCAUCACAGGCAACUACCUCCAGAAUUAAGAGAGUCUGUGCGUAAAUAUGAUCAAUAUAAAUGGUUGGCUACACGAGGAGUAGAUGAAGAAUCUCUUCUCAAAGGACUUCCCGUCGACCUUCGGAGAGACAUCAAGCGCCACCUCUGUCUUGAUCUAGUUCGAGGAGUGCCGUUAUUUGAUCAAAUGGAUGAGAGGACGCUAGAUGCAAUAUGCGAGAGGCUAAAGCCAGCAUUGUGCACUGAGGGGACCUAUCUUGUUCGUGAGGGUGAUCCUGUGAAUGAGAUGCUCUUCAUAAUUCGAGGUCAUCUUGAUUCUUACACCACCAACGGAGGCCGUGUUGGGUUCUUCAACUCGUGCCUCAUUGGGCCAGGUGAUUUCUGUGGCGAGGAACUAUUAACUUGGGCCUUGGAUCCACGGCCCAGUGUGAUACUUCCUUCAUCAACUCGAACAGUUAAGGCCAUCUCAGAAGUAGAGGCCUUUGCACUCAUAGCCGAAGACUUAAAGUUUGUUGCAUCUCAAUUUAGAAGAUUGCACACUAAACAACUUAGACAUAAAUUCAGGUUUUACUCACACCAAUGGAGAACAUGGGCUGCUUGUUUCAUUCAAGUUGCAUGGAGAAGGCAUAAGAAAAGGAAAGAAGCUUCUCAGCUUAGGGAGAGAGAGAGGGAGAAUGUGCAAGUUGCUGAGCCUCAAACACCAAGUUCAGGGUCAGGCUUUGUUGGGUAUGGAAGGAGUGGUAGGAAAGGUGUUAAUAUGCAUUCUGGGACUGCUUCUUCUGGAGUAGUUAGCUCUUUGCUGAAGCCAGCAGAACCCGAUUUUUCUGUUGAUGAAUAA